GCCAUUUGCGUGCAGACGAGGGUGGUACAAACAGGAUGACGUACAAACAGUAAAUACUGUAUUACCCACAAUGCUCGGCAAACGCACGAGUGACUAUAAGGCGAAGACAAGCCUGACCUGCUAUGGCGGAGACACAGGGAGGCGAAACUAAGAAUAAGAAGAAAAUCCAGAAGAACCUGGUGACUGUCGGUGACGGAGAGUGCGGUAAAACAUGUCUGAUGGUCGUCUUCACCCAAAACCAUUUCCCUGAGGACUACACUGCAACAGAUUUGGGCAAAUAUGGUGCAAAUAUUACAGUGGAUGGCAAACAGGUGGAAUUGUCCAUCUGGGACACAGCGGGUCAAGAUGAGUAUGAUCGGUUGAGACCCCUUUGCUACGUGGACACACACGUCAUCCUCAUGUGCUUCUCCAUUGACAACCCAGACAGCCUGCAGAAUAUUCUAGAAAAAUGGAACCCAGAGAUGCAGCACUUCUGCCCCGGAAUUCCCAUCAUCCUGGUGGGAAACAAGAAGGACUUGCGUGACGACCCCGUGACCCUAUUUAAGCUAGAGAGAAGAAAGCAGAUUCCUGUAAGUUCAGAGGAGGGCAAGGUGGUGGCCGAGAGGAUCGGGGCUGCGGCCUACGUCGAGUGCUCGGCCAAAACUAAUGAAGGCGUCCGCGAGGUCUUUGAGACUGCUAUCAAAGUGACUUUCAAGACGAUUCGCAGGCAGAAAAGCAGAAGAAAGUAUAAGAAGUGCAGCAUUUUGUAACCCAGCUAAUACCAGAACACAGCUGAAGGUACCGGGGAAAGCAAGCAUCAGACAAUCGUGGAGCAGGUCAACAGUGGAAGGCCAACACGAUCUUUGCAACAACAAAAUAUUACAAGAAAAUAGAUUACCAGAGGAGUGUUUAAAGCAACGUCUUGUGCACAAAGGGAUUUUUCUCUCCGUCGCUGCUUUAAGUUCCUCAACUCUCGAAAAAGUCAAGCAUCCAUUAAACAAAGCAGGUCAGCUUGGGGAAGGCCACUACGUCACAUAAGUAUUGCUAUGUACGCCAGUGUUAUACAACAGAGCUUGGAUUCGUAGGGAAGACGUGUACGGCAACGGGAACGGCGCUCCUCCAGGUGUACCCGUUAUGACAAAGCGGCAGCUAACCACCUGACACCUCGUUGAUCUGGCGCUGUGGUUGACUGGGUAACGAGAACAUUCCUAUUUGUGCUCUUUAGCCUGGCUGGCGAUCGUCUCCCCUUUUCCUACCUUGCCCACUGGUGGUGCAUGUUGUUUUGUGGUCUCCAUGGUGAUGUGCGCCCACCGUAGUAUUUACUUUGACUUUUUGUUUAAAGUCGUAUUUUAUCUAGUAUAUUCCACUAUAUUAUUAAGGCCUUUAAGUCUUUUUAAAAUGCUUUUUAAGCAAUUUUAAAUACAGUUUUAUGCUCUACUCUUAAAAAAUGGAAUUUGUAAUAGUGCUUUGGUUUUUACCAAACUUUGCUUUUUAGUGUUAUUGUUAAAUUAUUUUAAGAAUUCUCUGAUUUAAAAUUUCUUUGGUCCUAAUUAUUGUUAUAUGCAUAAAAUAUCUACAUUGGUUCUGGUGACAUCUCAUAAAGCUACUCAACAAUGUUUUAAUUGUUUACUUACAUAGAAUGAUUGAUUUUAUUUUUUGGAUCACCUAUCACCUCUAAACAUUAAUUCUAAAGAUUGUGAUUGGAGGCUUAAUAUAGUUUAUUACCAAGUUGUAUUCUGUCGUUGUUGUGUUGAAAUUUUAAAGUUUUUGAUUACAUUUGAUGAUGUCCGUUUUUCGUGUUCUUCUUGAAGAUUGAUGUCUGGAUUUCGAAGCCUUCAUGAAGAAGAAUUAAUAUGUCGAUAAGAUUUGACCAUUCCUUGCUGUUAUUCUAUGAAAUAUCUGCUGUGGCUCUUCAGACAUCCUGAUCAAUCCUUUAAGCCGUGUGUUAUACUUUCUUUGUAUGUACAAAAGUUCACCUUUGUGGUGAAUCAUGCUUUCAUUAUUAUUUUCAGACGGGGUCUUUCGCACAUACCUAAACUUACAUAGCUACGAAGGCGAAAAAUCAUUCCGUUCCUUCUGUGUCCGCUUGUCCGUAUUACCUCUGUUUAUUCACUAAUUACUCGCAUAUCACAAAAUCAUUCAGGGAUGUAAAAUAUUCACUAAUUCGUCCCUUGACUGGCAUCCUUUAGAAAAAUCGUAUCCAGUUCGCGGUGUCUGCACUUUCCCCCUUAGUCAUUUCUUUAGCUUUUGCAGUAUUAAAAAGACUAUGAAUAAGUCACUCAGGUAAAUAUUGUCAUAAUUACACGUAAUACAUACUGAUUUUUUCAUCUUGGUAUAAGGAAUAGCGAGUGUGUCAAAAGUGGAAAAAGUUUGUAGAAAAUUUGAAGUAUGCUUUAAGUUCAUAAGGGAAAGAACUACAACAGAAGAGAAUGCUACCUGCUGUAGCUAUCUCCCUUUAAUUUACAGAGUCAGAAGUUGAAAUUUAUAUUUGCUGGAUUCACUGUGCAGGUUUUUUUUUAAGUGUCAGCUACACUUAAUUUAAAGCAUGUCCACCCAAACUGUAACAAACUACCGCUAUAAAAAUAAAAGUUUUAAAUUUAGACUGCUGCUUUUAUUUUGAUGAUGUCAUCGAGUUUAUAUAUAGAUAUGUAUGCACGGUAGCUCAGGAGAGUUUUUCUGUUCUACUUGCCCUUAUAUUUAACUGUGUACGUAAUGUGUACUAUAACUACGCUAGUAAUGUGUGCGUCAUUGAUAUAACUACGUCAGUAAUAUGCACGUCAUUUGUAUCGCUGCGUCAGUAGUAUUAUUACGUAUUUGCAGAGAUCAUCUUUCCAGAUCGUUAUUUUAUUUUUGUCGUAAACAAACAAUUAUGUUUUUUAUUUUCUUGUAAAUCCCAGAAAGCACUGCUCUUUCAGCUGGCUUGCAGCUCUUUACAUUUUCUGUAUUACAUUCUUUGGUGUGAAAAUGUGGAAAGUUCACUUUAUUAAAAAAAAAAAAACAAGAGCCUUUUAACCUGACAUAUUGUCAAAUAUAUAACUAUGAUUGACAAGUAUUUACAUGAUCGUCACACGUAAGAAAAACAUAGUCACGUGUUCGACAGUGUGUUCGAUUAAGCAGAGCUUUAAUUCGUUCUAAGCCCUUCCUGGGAACUCUGUAUGUGGGUUCAGGGACGGAAAUGUCAGAUGCGCACAUCUGUGCCGGGAAGAUUUGCUGGCCACGCUAAGUGAACUAUGACCCCACCCUGAUUUCCCUCUUCCUGUUGAAGGUGACGCGAGGUCAUCGCGCUGCACGUGACAUGUCUCCGUUGUUGCCGUGCAGUCUGCUGUCAGGAAAACUUUGCUCCUCUGUGUCACGGCAACAUUUUGCACGCAGGUCAGACUGAAACUGUCCAUCAUCUGUCACUCAGAAUGACUUAAGUGUAUAGGUGCAUUCUUUCCACACGAAAAGGAGUCUUGAGCGUAAGCUUUAUACUUACAUGGACAUUGUGAGCAUAUUGCAUAUGAAAAUUAUAUACGAACCUGUAAGUAAUCACCCAAAAGAAGUAUAUGGCUUAGUGGAGGCUGCCAAAUAAAGGUGGGGUUAACACGUCUCCUCUCUCCUUCCCUCCCCGCUCUCUACUCUCUUCCCCUCUCUUCCUCCCCACUUUAUGCUUUUUGAUGCCUAUAACGUGUUAGUAAAUUUGAUGUCGCAUAUUAAUCGAGUUCAAGAUGUAGGAUUGCAAAUAAAUUCAACUUCUGUGAUUUGAGUGAGUUCGGUCACACCUUACUGUGAUUGGGUAACUCCUUUACUUCUGAUCGGGUGACUUACGAAUGCAACUCCAAUCUUUCGAGUCAAGAAAGUAAGGAUGCGAAACUGGCCAUCUGUUCACCAGUGACUUCCGCCCUGUGUCACUUGUGUACAGACGCAGGGGGAUGGAUGCCUCUGAAUACAGGAACAUGAAAGGCGUCCACUUCCGCGUUUUCAGGUUUUCAAGGGAACAGCUUGAGACGGAUGUCUUAUGGACUGUGAUUACCGUUGUUCUAGACGAGGACAAGUGCACUGCCCGCAUUUCCCGCACUUGAACUGGACUGCGUAAAUAGUUUGGUUCGUGCAUAAUUAAUCUUUAAUUUAGCUUCUUGGUCAUGAUGAACAUGUGUGCACUUGUGUAUGUGUGUGUGGCGUAAUGUUUGUUUACCUGUUCGUGUAUCUACUUUGUAAUGUCCGUCCAUUAUAUUGGUUAUGUAUGCAUAUCAUACAAUCGUUUGCAUCUAAUGAAUGCAUUCAAAAUGUUAUUUCCUGUAUAUCCCGUUGCUGAAAGUAUCAUCUGAAAUGCGGCUGAAAGUCGACUACUUUGUUAGAUGGACUGACAGGGCAGACUACAGUUAGCGGCAAGAGUACGAUGGUUGAGAUGGCUGACACGCUAACAAGACUUAUUUUGUAACACUUGGGAAUCAUUGGCUGAAAUGUCAUCGUACGAAUAUUAUAAAUGGGAGGAGGUGGUUCUAAGUCGUGGUCUAAAUGGUAAAUCUUACAAUAGCUAGCUGCCAAAGAGCCAGAAGUCUGCUGCUAACACAUCCUGUCUGUCUUUGCAACUCAUCAUGCUUGAUUGGACAAACCAUUAACAGAACUAAUAUCAAAUCUGAUUUCAGCCUUGAAAUAUAUAAGCGACUUUGGCCUGUUGUUUGCUUUACAAAUGUGUUGCAUAAAUUUCAGAACAAGUUUGAUGUCGUGAACUGAUGAUAAAAUGCACAUGUAAGGCUUUGGCUGAAACAUUUCUGUUUUUUUUUUUAAUCCAAAAAAGUGACAGAAUGGCGAGCUGAAGUCAUGGUGUGGUCAGCAAACGCCUGGAACUUGAUUCACGUGAUCAGCGCACUCUGCAAGCCUCUUCAAACCGAUUUUGUUUUAUAAACAAUGCAGCAAAGUUUGACAGACACAUUCAAGUGUACUAGUUGGCUAUGCAAAAAAAAAAAAAAAAAAGAAACAAAAACAGGAAAUAAUUAUUGUGUACUUUUAUGUUUGCUUUAAACUUUCAGCGAUGUAGAAAGAAAAUAAAUCCACAUGACAGUAGUGGUACAUGACUCGAUCCAGAAAGUCUUCUGGAAAUUGUCAAUAUUAUUAAGAUUCUCUCUGUCAUAUCUUUCUCUUUUUCUCUCUCUAAUACACACAUACAUGUAUAUAAUUCAUGAGUCUAUCAAUGCAUUUAUGUAUUUCGAGUUAAUAUUGGUGUUAUUCGCAAGACUACAGCAAAAACAUACCAAAAAAA